AUGAGGGUACGAAACACCGUCAUUGACGCUCUGGGGGUCGUGGUUCUGUCGUCGAGUCUCGUCGCCGCCACUCCCAUCCGGGCCGUCUCUUGGGUCAUUGGCCAGCCGGUCCAGACCACCAGCGGACUCGUCCAGGGACAUGCCGCAUCCACUGCUUCUCAAGUCUCCGAGUACUUGGGCAUCCCGUACGCCCAACCGCCUGUUGGCAACCUGCGCUUCCAGCCUCCUGCCAAGUUUACCGGAUCUUCGACCAUCAACGGCUCUACCUUUGGACACCAAUGUAUGCAGCCAACAGUCAACGCCAGCAUUCCCGACGGCUUCGCCAAUCUCGGUGUUCCCACCUCGGCCGUUUCUGUGCUUGGGGUGCUCGCCGACCCCGGCUCUCAAAGCGAGGACUGCCUAACGCUGAAUGUGUGGACCAAGCCGCAGGUGGGCGAGGAGAAGAAGGCCGUGAUGGUUUGGAUUCACGGCGGUGCCUUUAUGUUGGGCAAGUAUAGCCUUUUGCCUAUGGGCAUGUUGAUCCUGCAGACAGGGCUAGAGGCUAAUCCAAUUUGGCUUGUAGGAAGCUCUCGCGUCCCCGCAACCAACGGACAGUUCAUAACGGACCAAAGCGAUGUAAUCUUGGUGUCCUUGAACUACCGUCUCAAUGUCUUUGGGUUUCCGGGCAACCCUGCCUCGGCCCCGAAUCUCGGCCUUCUUGAUGUCCGAAUGGCUGUACAAUGGGUGCGUGAGAACAUCGACAAGUUUGGUGGCGACGUCAACAGGAUCACCCUCUUCGGGCAGUCUGCCGGGGGUUCCUUGGUCGACUACUACUCGUACGCGUUCGCGUCUGACCCCAUCGCGAACGGCUUCAUCGCCAUGAGUGGCACCGCCAACGGGUUCGGCAUCUUCACCAAUCAGUCCGUCAACGCCAAGUGGUUCAGCAUCACCGCCGCCGUCGGCUGCGGCGACGCCCAGACGGAGCUCAUGACCGUCAACAACUGCAUGCUCCUCAAGACCCCGGCGGAAAUCGUCAACGGCAUCGCGGCGAGCGGCACUGGCGCCCCCGGCGGAACCUUCUUCGCGCCCGUCGUGGACGACACGCUCGUUUUCGCCGACUACAGCGGUCGGGCAUCGGCAAAUGGGGGCUACAUCGUCGGCAACGACGACAACGAGGCCGGCCUGUUCAAGCUCGCGGCCCCGACGUUCAACGAGACAGCCUGGGCCGGGCUCAACCUCGUCUCCUUUGAAUGCCCGGCGGCGAGGAGGGCGACGCGGGCGGCCGCGGCCGGCCAUCCGACAUGGCGGUAUCGUUACUUUGGAAACUUUCCCAACAUGGUUCUGAGCACAACACCCAGCAGCGGAGCCUGGCACACGUCAGAGCUCCCUGUCCUGUUCGACACGACGCCCCAGUCCCCGGUCGCCAGCACGCCGCAGGAGACCGAUACGGGCUUCUACUUCCGGGGCGCCUGGGCCGCCUUCGCGAAGAACCCCAACGCCGGUCUUUUGCAGUUCAACGGCAACGAGACGUGGGCCCCGUACCAGGUCGACGGCGGCAACGUCAACCGCCUUGCGUUCGAGAACCAGACGCGCACGAGCCUGGGCCCCGCAGCUGCUUUCGACGCCAACUGCGCUGCGGUGGGCGUUCCGGUGGCAGGGUGA